GAGCCCUCCAGAAACUUCUCCAUACGAUUGAAAUGUGGUCAGAGCUAGAAGCAGCUCACUGAUUGGCUUAGAGAGUUCUAUAAGAGGAGCUGCACUGGAUAACCCCCCCCCCCAGCCUUUAUUUGUCAUCAGAAAUCAGACGAAGAAGACGCAAACCAAACAAGUAAACCGAGGUGUUCAAUAUGGCUAACAGUGUCCCCAAUCUAAUACAACGUGACUACGCUGGAGUUGUGGAAGAUGCCACUCCGCCCCCGAGGUAUCCUGCUUCAACAGCCACCCCUGAGGUCUCCUGCUUCAACUCGGCCACCCCUGAGGUCUCCUGCUUCAACUCGGCCACCCCUGAGGUCUCCUGCUUCAACUCGGCCACCCCUGAGGUCUCCUGCUUCAACUCGGCCACCCCUGAGGUCUACUCCAUCCCCGAGCUCUAUUAUUCCCCCCCCGAGCUCCAUUAUUCCCCCGUGGUCUAUUAUUCUCCCACCCCCAAGCUCUAUUAUUCCCCUGUGGUCUAUUCCCCAGUGGUCUAUUGCCCCACCCCCAAGCUCUAUUAUUCCCCUGUGGUCUAUUCCCCAGUGGUCUAUUGCCCCACCCCCAAGCUCUAUUAUUCCCCUGUGGUCUAUUAUUCCUCAGUGGUCUAUUAUUGCCCCACCCACAAGCACUAUUAUUCCCCCGUGGUCUAUUAUUGCCCCACCCCCAAGCUCUGUUCCCCCGUGGUCUUUUAUUCCCCCACCCCCAAGCUCUAUUAUUCCCCCGAGGUCUAUUAUUGCCCCACCCCCAAGCUCUAUUAUUCCCCCACCCCCAAUCACUAUUAUUCCCCCGUGGUCUAUUAUUUCCCCACCCCCAAGCUCUAUUCCCCCGUGGUCUAUUAUUCCCCCACCCCCAAGCUCUAUUAUUCCCCCGUGGUCUUUUAUUCCCCCACCCCCAAGCUCUAUUAUUCCCCCGAGGUCUAUUAUUGCCCCACCCCCAAGCUCUAUUAUUUCCCCACCCCCAAGCUCUAUUCCCCUGUGGUCUAUUAUUCCCCCGUGGUCUAUUAUUCUCCCACCCCCAAGCUCUAUUAUUCCCCUGUGGUCUAUUCCCCAGUGGUCUAUUGCCCCACCCCCAAGCUCUAUUAUUCCCCUGUGGUCUAUUCCCCAGUGGUCUAUUGCCCCACCCCCAAGCUCUAUUAUUCCCCUGUGGUCUAUUAUUCCUCCGUGGUCUAUUAUUGCCCCACCCACAAGCACUAUUAUUCCCCCGUGGUCUAUUAUUGCCCCACCCCCAAGCUCUGUUCCCCCGUGGUCUUUUAUUCCCCCACCCCCAAGCUCUAUUAUUCCCCCGAGGUCUAUUAUUGCCCCACCCCCAAGCUCUAUUAUUCCCCCACCCCCAAUCACUAUUAUUCCCCCGUGGUCUAUUAUUUCCCCACCCCCAAGCUCUAUUCCCCCGUGGUCUAUUAUUCCCCCGUGGUCUAUUAUUCCCCCACCCCCGAGCUCUAUUAUUUCCCCGUGGUCUAUUAUUCCCCCACCCCCAAGUUCUAUUAUUCCCCCGAGGAGACCCUGAUGCAACUCCCGAGUGGCCAGCCGUGGAGACUGCCCAAGCAGCAUGACCUGCUCAGUCGGGCACAGGGGACAUUGUGGCAUCCCAACCCAUCGAGCCUGCAGCUCUGGGUCUGGCCCCUGAAUGGCUCCAUUUGA